AAAUAAGCUUAUGUAUUUGUUUAUUUACUUGUUUGGUUUUGGUCCUCACCCUGCCCCACCCCUCACUUUUAUGGGCACUCUAUAAAAGAGGAAACUUAGCUGCUUUAUUCACUCCCUUUUACACGAUAAGUCCUCAAAUAAUAAUUGUCCAGGCUGGUUGUCAGUCUUCCAGAGACAGCUGAGCACCCCCACCCCAACACCUGGGAUUUGCCCUGGCUGGAAAUCCCCAGAACCUAAGCAUCCUCCCUCCACUGCCAGUUCCCUCCAACAUCCCUGGCUCAGUGUCUCAGACAGCUCUGGGGUGGCGGCUGGGGCUGCUUCCCUAAACGCCCUCGGGGAACAGUCUGGGAGCUAGAGGCAGCCAGGGCAGGUCCGGUGGUGGCCGGCCUGGCCGUCAGGGCCAGGGCGCGCUGAGCAGGGGUCCUUCCUUACCCAGGCAGGUGUCAGGUGCCCGGAGCUCAAGAAAAAACAUUUUGAUCGAAUAAAGGGGAAGACUUCAGAGAUGAGAGAACCUCACCAGGCAGCGAAAAGAAAAAGAGCAUUGGGAGCAGAGCAGAAGGAACGGUGGAAACAAAGGACUGGAGGCAUGAAAGCGUCACAUUUGAGGAAUGGGUUCUGCUGUGGUGCAGAGAAUUUUCAGUGGAGAGUAGCAUUCCAGGAGAGCAUCGCUGGGCAGGCCUGGAAGGGGAGGGCUGGCUGCGGAGGUCUGAGCUCCCAGCAGGAUCAGCAAAGGCUCAGCUGUGUCUUAAGUUUAAUCCUGCCCCUACCCCUGCCUCUCUCAGUCCGCCCCUCCUACUUCACCCCUGCCCUUCCCUUCACCCAACCCCCAGCCUGGCCGCUCCUGCAGCUGAAUGGACUUCUCUCUCGGCCUACGCUUGGGGCCUCGGAACAAGAAGGCUACCCACCAACAGCCCCCUCCACCCUCCGGGCACGGCCCACCAGCUGCCUCUCCUUGUCUGUCCUGUCCCCCCUCCGCCUGUUUUUGCCCCUGCCCUAGCUGUCCUCCUCCCACCUGCUCCUGCACUGCGUAUCCCUCUUAUGCAGCCACCUGCCCCUCCUGUCCCGGCCUCCCUGGCCCACCCUGUACCUGCCCCUGCCCUCCCUGCCCUGCCUGCCCGCCCUUGACUUGUCCCCACAGCUGCUGCAUCCCAUGCACUGGUCCACACUUGACCUGCUGCCAUCCCUCAUCUUGCCCGAUUUCCCCUUGCUCCAAAGGCCGAGCUGCCUGUCCAAGUUCCUGCUUGGACUGCAGCGACAGCUGUGGCUGUGGCCGAGGGGCUCCUCCAGGCUCCACUGGCCGCUGCUUCAGGGGACAACGCCCCUCUCAGAGGCACUGUCUGAUAGUCUAGCUGGGCUGUUGCUCCCCUGAGAGACUGUCAGUCUCCUGGAGCACUUCUGCUAGCUGCUUCCUCUGCGGGGGAGACAGAAGCUCUGGAGUGAGGAGAGGGAUCAGCUAGACCCCUCGCCCAGACAGGCAGAGGCAGAAGGCUGCUCAGAGCCCCGGCCUCCCCCUCAGUCCCUGAGAGCGGAGCAUCUGCUUUGAUGUUAGUUUCUGGACAUGCUCCUGCUGGGUCCAGAACCUCCUCUUCUGCAACUUCUGGAAUGGAAAGCGUGUUUCUCAGAGCCUCCCUCAUGGCUGCUGAAGGUGAGCAAGUUGGCCAUUUUCUUCCUCUAGUCAGCCUCUGCUGGAGAUCCUUCUUGGCUCAUCGUCUCUGUAGUUUGCCUGGAUAAGGUGCAUUCCUCCUCUAGAGGCAGGAGGGGAUUCUUUGUUAAGGGGCUACGUCUUGCCUCUUGGACAUCCACCCAUCUCCCUGACUGACCCAAGAGUCUCUGGACCCCUUACCUCUCAUCUUGAGUCAGGCAAAGAAGGUCAGUGGCUCUUGGAUCAGAAGAGAAAGUUGAGCAGAGGGUUCCUGGCUCUUCCCUCCCCUUGGAUAUCAUGACAUCCUUCAUGGUCCUUUGCUUCUAGGAACCUGGCAUUCUCUGCCUGGAUAUCUUGUCUUUCAAAUCUCUGAGUGCUCACGCAGUCUCAUGACCUCAAUCUUCCAGCAAUAAUCCCACCUGCUACAUUCAUGCUCAUCUGGCAUGGGGAUAAGGGAAGCUGGGAACCCUGGACUCAGGGUCCCAGUGAUCCCAUCCACAUAGCUAGUCAGAAUCCCCUGUCCCUGGGGGUGGAGCUGGGGGUUUGGAGAAGCGACCAAUAGGAAGCUGGAAGUAAAAGCCCGGGUAUCUGCCCAGGACUGGGCCUUAAGCCGAGAGCCCCUAAGUACCCCUCUACAUUCCUCAAGUCCUUUCAGUGUUCUCUUUCUCAGCCUCCUUCUGUGGGUCCCUUUGUUCUUUCCUUUCUAUCUCUGUGUAGCUUUCUGUUUACCCUUCCUUCUGUCUGUCUACAUCACUCUCUCCAGUUCUACUUCCUUCUUUCCAUCACUGGGACAUUCUGCCUUCACCUAACUUUAUCUCUACAUCAGUUUUCCCCGUUCUCUAUCCCUCUAUUUCUCUCUCCAUUUCCCCAUCUAAUUAAUUUAAUUAAUUGUAAAUAUUUUAUUUAUUUGACAGAGAGAGAGCACAAGCAGGGGAAGUGGCAGGCAGAGGGAGAGGGAGAAGCAGACUCCCCGCUGAGCAAGGAGCCUGAUGUGGGUCUUGAUCCCAGGACCCUGGGAUCAUGACCUGAGCUGAAGGCAGACGCUUAACCAACGAAGCCAUCCAGGCACCCCUCCGCAUCUAAUUUAAAGUCUACCUAACAUAGAUGUCUUUUUCUUUCCCCCUUCCCUGUGUCAGUUUGUGUCUUCAUUUCUAUUUGCUUUCUUGGUCUUUCGAUCCACCUUACACAUCUCUCUCUUUUUUUAAAGGAAGUUCUAUGCCCAACAUGGGGCUCGAACUCAGGACCCUGAAGUCAAGAGUCGCACGCUCCACCGACUGAGCCAGCCAGGCGGCCCCCCCCCCCCUCUGUUUUUCUAUCCUGUUCGGCUUCUGGUGCAUUUCAUUCUCCAUCUCUUUCAUUUCUAUUUCCCUUUCUGUCCUUGUCUCCCUCCCUGUCUUCUGGGUCUAGUUGUUUUUUUCACUUCCUAUUUCUUUCUGCCUCUCCAUAUUUGUCUUUCUCUCUCCCUGGGUCCUACAGGUACCUGCACACCAUGCCUGCGUCAUGCCUAUCUCAUUGCUGUCCAAGGUCCAGGACAGUGAGUCCUCCAAUGUCUGUCUAUCCCACACAUGCCCCAAGUACUGGUGUUUGCAAGGGCUGGACACAGCUACCAGAAGAGUCCUUCCUUUCCUCACCCAUGAUCCAGGCAAUUCGUCCCUACUCAGCUCUAAGCUCAAACUUUUUAAAAAUGAUGCUUCUUCCAACUUCUUUAUUCUGAAAAUAAGCAAUUAAAAAGAAUUGGGGCACCUGGCUGGCUCAGUCUGUGGAGUGAGCAAGUCUUGAUCUUGAGGUUAUAGGUUCAAGCCCCACAUUGGGUGUAGAGAUUAGUUUAAAAAAAAUCUUCGGAAAAAAAAAAAAGAAUUAAGCAUUUAUGUUGCCUGUCCUAUAUAAACUAUAUUUCAGGGUA